CGGAGGGACGUGUGUGACUGGCAUCGGACAAGAUCCCUUCUUCUGCAUCUGUGCUGAGGGAUUUGUUGGAGAUACCUGCAAUGCCACAGAGAGCGUGUAUGCCAAGUACAACUCCUGAAAUAGCUGAGCCAUGCACGUGAGCAGUGCGCGCCCCCGGUGCUUGAGCGUCUGGCGUCUCGCAGCUACACGUUUGAGGAUGAUGAUGUCAGGAGAGCUUGCAGUAAAAGAAAACGCUCUGGGAAUUAAGAAUCAGUAAAGUACCAGUAUGAAGUCUUCGAGUCUGACUUGUUCCUGUAAAAUAGUUUUUGUCAGCUUAAUAAUUUGCUGCAUUUGUUAUGUGAAUGGAGAUUACUGCAAGGCGAACCUGUGUCAUAACGGAGGGACGUGUGUGACUGGCAUCGGACAAGAUCCCUUCUUCUGCAUCUGUGCUGAGGGAUUUGUUGGAGAUACCUGCAAUGCCACAGAGAGCGGUCCGUGUAACCCAAACCCAUGUAAAAACUAUGGCACAUGUGAGGUGAUCACUAACUCUAGAAGAGGAGAUGUUUUUAGCGAGUAUGUGUGCAAAUGCCAACCUGGGUUCGAGGGUGUGCACUGCCAGAUCAAUGUGGAUGACUGUGCAAACCAGCCUUGUAAAAAUGAAGGCCUCUGCCGUGAUCUGGUUGGAGACUACACCUGCCAGUGCCCUUCUCCAUAUGUUGGAAAGCAAUGCCAGCUACACUGUACAUCUCUAUUGGGAAUGGAGGAAGGGGGAAUUGGAGAGUCCCAGAUCUCUGCUUCCUCUUUUCACUCUGGUAUUCUAGGGCUUCAGCACUGGGGACCUGAGCUUGCCCGCCUCAACAACCAGGGACCUGUCAAUGCCUGGAGCUCUGCACCCCAAGACAAAAACCCCUGGAUUGAGAUUGAUAUGCAGAAAAAGAUGCAUCUCACUGGAAUCAUCACCCAAGGAGCCAGUUGCAUGGGGACGGCUGAGUUUGUCAAGGCUUUCAAGGUGGCAUCCAGCUUCGAUGGCAAAAUCUACACAAUGUACAGAGCAGAUGGCCAAAGAAAAGACAGAGUGUUUGUGGGUAAUACAGAUAAUGAUGGAACCACGAAAAACAUAUUUGACCCUCCCAUUGUGGCCCAGUAUAUUCGCGUCAUUCCUGUGGUGUGCCAUAAAGCAUGUACUCUCCGGAUGGAACUUGUGGGCUGUGAGCUAAAUGUGUACUCCAGCGCAAUUGGUUGCACCGAUCCACUGGGCAUGAAGUCACGUCUCAUCACUGACGGACAGCUUUCAGCAUCUAGUGCUUACCGCACCUGGGGUAUAGAUGCCUUUACCUGGCACCCCCACUAUGCUCGCCUGGACAAACAAGGCAAGACUAACGCUUGGACAGCAGCUAGCAACAACCGCUCAGAGUGGUUCCAGCUGGAUUUGGAGAAACCUAAAAGGAUCACUGGCAUUAUCACUCAGGGAGCAAAAGACUUUGGCAUUGUGCAGUUUGUGUCGGCCUUUAAGAUUGCGUACAGUGAUGAUGGGCAGUCAUGGAGCAUUGUGAAGGAUCAAAUAACGAAUACAGAUAAGAUUUUCCAAGGCAACACUGACAACAACACACACAAAAAGAACUUGUUUGAGUCAUCCUUCUUUGCCCAAUUUGUACGGUUUCUUCCCUGGGAGUGGCAUGAGCGGAUAACUCUUCGCAUGGAGCUGCUGGGCUGUGAUGAUUAGGGACCCUGCUGAAGGCUGCACACUAGGUUUACCUGAAGUGGGUUGUAAAAGGGUGAUUUUUUUUCAUUAUACAUAAGCUUCAUUUGAAUUGCUCAGUAUUUUAUUUUAUUGAUGGUAUGAUCUUAAGGUACUUUUUUAUAAAUAACAACAAAUGAAGUGAUCGAAUUUUAUAAGCUUUAUGGCACAAUGUUCAAAUUAACGUAGGACUACAUUAUAGUAUUUGUGUCCAUUUGUCUGAAUUGUGUUAAUAAUAAUUUUGUCAUUAUAUGUUGUCAUGAUCAUUUGUAAUGAUAAGAAGUUGAUGAUAUUAUAAAAUUAUCAUGAAUGAAAAAAUCUACAAAUAUUUCAAAUUUUAAAACAACAUAAACCUGAAAGCAAAAACAAGACUUAUUCAAAAGUUUUUCAAUACUUUAAAGGGAUAGUUCGCCCAAAAAUUUAAAUUCUCUCAUUUACUCACCCUCAUGCCAUCCCAGGUGUGUAUGACGUUUUUCAAUUUUCUAAAGAAUAUCUCAGCUCUGUAGGUCCAUACAAUGCAAGUGAAUGGUGGCCAGAACUUUGAAGGUCCAAAAAGCACAUAAAGGCAGCAUAAAAGUAAUCUUUAAGACUCCAGCAAAGCCUUUCUAGCAAGUCAGUCAACUGUCUGCCGUCUUUGGAAUGCUCUCAGGAGGCUAUUUCCAGUCAGGACAGUGCACCUCCUAUAUACUUGACUGGGGAAACACCGAAAUCUCAUAAACAGUUGGUCAAGAUUACGAUCAAAUUACAUAAUUCAAAUCAGCAAAUCAAUAAAAUCUGACAACACUGGAAUGAUAAAUUGUGCUUCUUUACCUCAGAUUACACUUAAAAAAUGAAUUUUUCACAGCUUGUUUAGCUAAUGCGCACGCGCGUUAUCGAGUUGAUUGACAGGCGAUGUCUGUUUCUAAAAGGUGAUUGGCUCUUUUACUUGAAGGCGGGACUUCCUUUCUACAACUGUUUACCAUUGGGUGUUUCAAUUUCUCCCAUUCAUUUAAAUAGAAGUGGCCCAUCUUUGCUAAAUAGUACCUGAAUCCAGUGGUUAAAUACAUGUCUUCAGAAGCGAUAUGAUAGGUGUGGGUGAGAAACAGAUCAAUAUAUUAGUCCAUAUUUACUAUAAAUUCUCCUCCCUGACCAAUAGAUGGCGAUAUGCAUGAAGAAUGCGAAUCUCCAAGAACAAAAGAAGAACGUAGAAGUGAAAAUGAAGUGGAGACUUCUAAAGGACUUAAAUAUUAAUCUGUUUCUCACUCACACCUAUCAUAUCGCUUCUGAAUACAUGGAUUUAAUCACUGGAGUCUUUAGGAGUACUUUUAUGCUGCCUUUAUGUGCUUUUUGGACCUUAAAAGAACUGGUCACCAUUCACUUGCAUUGAAAGGACUUACAGAGCUGAAAUAUUCUUUUAAAAAUAUUUGUUUGUGUUCUGCAGAAUAAAGAAAGUCAUACACAUCUGGCAUGGCAUGAGGGUGAGUAAAUGAUGAGAAAAUGUUCCUUUAAUGCUUGACUAAAACGUUAAUCUCACAAUCACUGACCAUUGCUGUAUUUCAAAAUGAAUGAAUACCAUGAAACUCAUAAGUAUAUUUUACUGUCAACAAGGUAAGCAAAACCUUUCCAUGAAGCAACAUAACUUUUCAACCUGACUUAAAUAUAGCACACUUCUCUGGGUGUCCACUAUUUGACCUUAUUUUGCCUUCUAGCACGUGUGCAGCACUGAUUCAUAAUCCAAAAAUGUAAACUUUUAAGAAAGUGGGUAACAGCUUAACAAUAGUAUUUUACUCCUUUUUUUCUUCUUUUUUCCUGAAAAAAGUAUGUUUACAAAUGUUUUCUGCAACAUUCCUUACUGUCUGUGGUACAUGUAUAUACAUGGGUCCCUCAGUUAACUACAAGUUAAACUAGAACAGUAUGUGGUAGAGUUGCUCUAAUGAAUUUAAUUGACUAGUUUGCACUACAGCUCCUCCAUGUCAUACAUUUUUAUUUGAGUCUUUAUAAACAACCAGGUUUGAAUAAAAAUUUACAAU